GUUAUGCUCCAAUUAGUGCCGUUGUGCGGAAGAGGUCCCAACGCGUCUCACGUGGCGACGCGUCUGGCGCGUGCGGGCAGAAUGAUGGCUCAAGGUCCGUUCUGGAUUUGACCUGUUCGUUUGCAUUUGGUGAUGAUAUUUCCUUUAUCGACUAUUAUCAUCCCUUGUCUGCACACUUACGUUCCUGUGGUUUUUGACUCUGGUCUUUUUUGUGUCUAUUCUGACGCUUUUACCUGGGUGCUGUGCCGCGUUAUCAUCGAGGUCCACUAUCGUCAUUAUCAAUUUCCUAGUGUUAAUCAAUCAUUAUCCUGAAGAACGCUUGGUUUAUCAAUUUCUGCCAAUUGGUUACUGUCCGGCCAAAAAGACCAUUGGACACCCCCAGCUGAAUCUUGCCAACAUGACCAACCCUGCGGGCCAGAAACGGGGCGCUAAUCAUUUAACGAGCUCAGCGGCCGAUGCAAAGAAACCCAAGUCCAACGGCAGCAUCACCUCCUUCUUCGGCGCCCCGAAAUCCAAACCCGCCGAAUCAAAACCACCGAGUCCGGCUCUAUCAAGUGCCAAGCAGAAAUGGAUAGCGUCUCUGACACCGGAGCAAAAAGAGCUCCUGCAGCUGGAGAUCGACACAUUGCAUGAUAGCUGGCUGGUCCAGCUCAAAGAGGAGCUGGUAUCUCCGGAAUUCCUGAACCUGAAACGCUUUCUCCUGAAGGAAAAGAAGUCCGGGGCCCAGAUCUUCCCUCCCGAGAACGAAAUCUAUUCCUGGUCCCGUCACACGCCCCUACACAACGUCAAGGUGGUCGUCGUCGGCCAGGACCCCUACCACAACCACAACCAGGCCCACGGACUAGCCUUCUCCGUCCGCCCCCCGACGCCCGCCCCGCCAUCGCUAGUCAACAUCUACCGCGGCAUCAAGGUUGACUACCCGUCCUUCCAGCCCCCGCCCAACAAAGGCGGUCUUCUCACGCCCUGGGCAGACCGCGGCGUCCUGAUGCUCAACACCUGCCUGACCGUUCGCGCACACCAGGCGAACAGCCACGCCAACAAAGGCUGGGAACGCUUCACCCAGAAGGCCAUCGACGCCGUGGCCCGCGUGCGAACCCGCGGCGUCGUCUUCCUCGCCUGGGGCAAACCAGCCGGCAAUCGCGUGGCGGGCGUCAACCGUCAGAAACACUGCGUGUUGCAGUCGGUUCAUCCCAGCCCGCUCAGCGCUCAUCGCGGCUUUUUCGACAACGGACAUUUCAAGAAAACCAACGAGUGGCUUGCAGAACGCUACGGCGCGGAUGGCGUCAUUGAUUGGAGUCUGACGUCUAAAGAAAAGACGGACAUGCCCUCUCCCGACAUCGAAAGCCCCUCGGUCCUCGUCGAGGAAACAAAACGUCCCGCGGAGAAGACGGAACCACAACCGCAGAAAACAUCUACUGUGUCGAAAGCGGCGGAGUUGGUCAAGGUUGCCGAUGAGUUUGAAGACGAUGAUGACGUUUUUCAAGAGGAUCCCGACGUCCUUGAAGCUCUGAUGAGGGAGCCAGCGUUGAGCUAGGUAGGAUCCAUGGUCACCUUGUUUUAUGUCGAUCAUACCAUACCUUCCUCGGCAUGGAGUGUAUGUCCCAGUCGUUUUUGUAACAUAAUGAAGCUCGGAGUUUAUUG